CUUCCUAUGUUUCCUCUCAUCCAGUCUGCCAAAAUUCCCACAUAUUAUUUGAGUAUAUGUAGGGAAACAAGGGAAACUUAGACAGCAAGCCUAUCUCUUUUUUAUAAUUAGGGUAUUACUUAUAUGAAAGUAUGCAUGACGAUUGAAGGAUUAGGUUAAAGAAAUUCCUCUGAACCUAACGAAAAUAAUCACUGAGGUAUUUCUUAUAUGAAAGUAUGCAUGAUGAGUUAGGAAGAAGAGCAUAAUAAGACGAGCAAGCGAAGGUAGGCAUUCCCGCUAAAAGAAAUAAUAGGGAAAAAAAUAAAGAGAAAAAGAAAGUGGUCACUAAGUCACUUGAAGAAGGUGUCAAAUUGCCCUAAUUUGAUUUUGGAAAUCCCUAACCCUAGCCCCUAACAGCCUUUCCCUCCAUAUCUCUCUCAGCCUCAGCAAUGCCACCACCGCCACCAACACAGCCUUCUCUCAUUCAUUAGGCCUUUGUCAGCAUCAUCUCUGCUCGAAAUGGUGGGACUAUCCAUAGGAGAAAAGCAUUUUAUACAGGGUGGCAUUGCUCAGGAUCUUCGAUCUGAUGGCCGAAAAAGAUUGACAAUUCGGCCCAUCUAUGUUGAAACUGGAGUCAUUUCCCAGGCAAAUGGUUCAGCAAGGGUCAGGAUGGGUGCCACAGAUGUCAUUGCCUGUGUGAAGGCAGAACUUGGAAGGCCGAAUGCGUUGCAACCUGACAAAGGAAAGGUCGUUGUGAAUGUUGAUUGCAGUCCCACUGCAGCACCAAUGUUUGAGGGUAGAGGGGGUGAGGAGCUGUCAGCAGAACUCUCAGUUGCUCUUCAACGUUGUCUCUUGGGUGGUAAAAGUGGAUCUGGUGCUGGAAUUGAUCUCUCCUCUCUGGUAGUUGUGGAAGGAAAGAUCUGUUGGGAUCUUUACAUCGAUGGCCUUGUUGUUAGUUCAGAUGGGAAUCUGCUAGAUGCCCUUGGUGCUGCUAUUAAGGCUGCUUUGAGCAAUACAGGCAUCCCAAAAGUAAAUGUUGCAGCUGGUGCAUCAGGCGAUGAGCAACCAGAGGUUGACGUAAGCGAUGAGGAAUUUCUGCAAUUUGACACAUCUAGGGUCCCUGUCAUAGUUACAUUAACAAAGGUAGGCAGGCACUAUAUUGUAGAUGCCACUUCAGAAGAGGAAUCACAAAUGUGCUUGGCUGUUUCUAUUUCCAUCAAUAGGCAAGGCCACAUUUGUGGGUUGACAAAACGGGGAGGUGCCGGCCUAGAUCCAAGCAUCAUUCUUGACAUGAUAUCUGUGGCAAAAACAGUAAGUGAGCAGCUGAUAAACACAUUGGAUUCUCAUAUAGCUGCUGCUGAAGCUGGCGAAGAGGAGUCGUGACAUAAUUAGAACCUCUGAUACAUUUAAGUAGGUGGGUUCGAGUGGGUCCUAGGUAUAUGAAAAUUGUAAUGCUGAUAAUUUCACUUAAAGCUGAUGAGAACGUUUGAUUUGUUGUAUGCGUAUUUGGCACCAUUUAACCAAAAUUAGUAUGGGUCUUUUGCUUUGCUGAUA